AAUAUUCUAACGUGGUCGUAAAAAAAAGCCACGCCCCGGGAGGGUUGAUUCUUGCAUUGAAACGGGAGACUGUCGACAGUAAACCAUUAUUUGCAUCCUUCUCCUCAAACACUCAUCUCCUAAGCAGGUUGCUUUGAUCUUCAGACAUCAUGACACACCAGUACCCAGCACUCACAACUGAGCAAAAGAAGGAGCUGCAGGACAUCGCUCAGCGCAUCGUAGCUCCUGGAAAGGGCAUCCUCGCUGCAGAUGAGUCCACAGGCAGCAUGGCCAAACGCCUGAACCCCAUCGGCGUGGAGAACACAGAGGAGAACCGGCGUCUGUAUCGCCAGAUUCUUUUCUCCGCUGAUGAGCGCAUUGACAAGUGCAUCGGCGGUGUUAUCUUCUUCCACGAGACCCUCUACCAGAACGCUGAUGAUGGCACAAACUUUGCCCAAAUGAUCAAGGACAGGGGCAUUGUUGUGGGAAUCAAGGUGGACAAAGGUGUUGUCCCACUGGCAGGAACAAAUGGCGAGACCACAACACAGGGACUUGAUGGUUUGUCAGAACGUUGUGCUCAAUAUAAGAAAGAUGGUGCAGACUUCGCCAAGUGGCGCAGCGUGUUGAAAAUUAGUGAGACCACCCCCUCAGAGUUAGCAAUCAUGGAGAACGCCAACGUCCUGGCUCGCUAUGCCAGCAUCUGCCAGCAGAAUGGCAUUGUGCCCAUUGUGGAACCAGAGAUUUUGCCUGAUGGUGACCACGACUUGAAACGCUGCCAGUAUGUCACAGAGAAGGUCCUUGCUGCCUGUUACAAGGCUCUGUCUGACCAUCACGUUUAUCUGGAGGGUACUCUUCUGAAACCCAACAUGGUAACUUCUGGACACUCCUGCCCCACCAAAUACAGCAGUCAGGAAAUCGCCAUGGCAACAGUGACAGCCUUGCGCCGUACCGUUCCCCCCGCAGUAACAGGUGUGACCUUCCUCUCUGGGGGCCAGAGUGAGGAGGAGGCCUCCGUUAACCUGAACGCCAUCAACAAUUGCCCUCUGACAAAGCCCUGGGCCCUCACCUUCUCCUAUGGACGUGCCCUGCAGGCCUCUGUCCUUACCGCCUGGCGCGGAGUCAAGGAUAACGAGAAGGCUGCCACAGAAGAGUUCAUCAAGCGUGCUGAGGCUAACGGCUUGGCUGCUCAGGGAAAGUACGUCUCCAGUGCAACUGGUGGAUCCGCAGGACAGUCCCUUUACGUGGCCAAUCAUGCCUACUAAACAUCCUGCAUCACAGCUUUUCAGCAUCCGCCGGCCAAUAGUAUAGUGCACAGCUGCUACCCUUCCUGUCACCAAUCAAUCACAGGCCUACGUUGUCUUCUGUAUUUUAAGGUUGUCAUUGCAAUGUCUCAUAAUGUAUCUAUUUAAACUGUAUUAAACUUUAGAAAUGGAAAGUAGAAAAAGGAUGUUACGCAGGUGAUUGAGAUUAAUAUUUGAGAUUGAGAUUAAUCAUUCUUAUUUUUAAAAAGUUCUAGGCAUGGUUUCAUGAUAUCUGGCCAAAACAGUAUUUGUUUUGGCCAGAUAUCUGGUAUGCUAAGAUAGCUAAGUAUGUACAUGUAUGUUUUUUUUGUGAGUUUCACAAAAUUCCACCAUUUACUUUUAAGUCAUAUACAAGUCAUUCCAGUUGGCACCAGCCACCAGUUGACGUUUCACAUUCCUUUCAGUGCAGUUGGGCCUCAUCAAUACUAUUAUUGAAAACAUUCUGUCAUGUAUGGGUGAUUUGAUUUCUAAAGCUACAAUUUAGUGUCUCCCAGCAAGCCAAGUUUAUCAUAUUGGGAAAGAAACAAGAGUAUGUAUAAUUGCUCAGUAGUCACAACAUGAUUAACUCUGCCAGACUCUGGGUAAUAUUAGGUUGAGGUGUGUUCAUAUAUAAUAUUAAUUAUUUAUCUGGGCAGUAUGUGUAUAUUAUAGAAAUUGAAUAUAAAAUAUUUACAACAUUAAUUUGGAAACAUUAAUAGUUCUUUUAAUUUUAAAUUGUAUUCUUGAUGUAUUGUCUGCUUGAGUGUAUCAUGCUCUCCCUCUACUCCCCUUAUUUGUGACAUAGUGCGCUUCGUGAAUAAUUAAAUUCUAUUGGCUGUAAAGACGAAGCUUCUGGGGAGGGGAGCAGUCACUGUUGAACAAAUUGUGAUAUUGUGAUUUUAUGUUGUCUUCUAAGCACUUUGUGUGUCAGAUAGUUAAAACUAAAAUAAAAUUACUGUAAAACCUCA